CGAGGAGUGGUAUGCAGCUAAAGUACUGCAACGAUCACAAGUGUGGAGAGGAUGACUGCACGAGAGAAAAGACGAAGAGGGAGCAGAACUGGUGUGAUUACCAUACUUGCCACUAUGAAAGCUGCAAAGACUUCGUCCCAGGGGACAAUCCAGUAGCAAGCAAGGCAGACCACCAGGCGGAGAGCUACUGCACGAGACACCGGCAGUGCAAGAAAGAUGGUUGCCUUAACAUCGUCCACAAAGUCGGCGGCGAGGACUAUCGCAGGCAUUGGUAUGUAAUCUCCAGAGUCAUUACUUUUCUCUUUCACCGCCUGUGCAAAAUGGGACGUUACUCUUCAUCAUAGGGUGUCCUCAUCGGGUGUCGUGGACUCGGAAUCAUGGUCGUUAAUUUCCAAGAUUAUAGCUUCGAGCAUUACUGCAAGUAUGCUGGUGAAGAAGAGGACGCUGGCGGGAACUGCGAUGAUAUAAGACAGGA